AUGCCUAAAGGAGAUCAUGAAUUUAUUGCAGUUGCUGCCAGAAAUUUAUCUUCUGCUAAAGAAUUUGCCUCAAGUCAUGAUAUUCCAAAAGCAUACGGAUCCUAUGAAGAUCUCGCAAAAGAUUCUGAUAUUGAGGUUGUAUAUGUUGGCACUAUUGCUACACAUCACUAUGCUGUUGGAAAACUUAUGCUUGAGAGUGGAAAGCACGUUUUGAUGGAGAAACCCAUGACCUUGAAUGCCAAGCAAACAAAAAAACUUGUAGAAAUUGCAAGGAAACAGAAGCGAUUUCUAAUGGAAGCAUUAUGGAGCAGAUUUUUUCCAGCCUACAAAUUUUUCAUGGAUCUCAUUAAAAGUGGUAAAAUUGGGGAUGUCGUGCACAUAAAUGUCAACUUCGGUCAGAACCUUCUUGAAGUACUGAGGUUAAUGAAGAAGGAGCAGGGAGGUGGCUCUGUCCUUGACCUUGGUGUUUACACUUUGAAUGCCGUUACUAUGAUUUACGGUGGUGAUAAACCCACAAAAGUUGCAACAGUUGGUCAUUUAAGUGAUGGAGGCGUUGAUGCAAUACAAAGUACAAGCCUCUUAUACACUAAGAAUCGCACUGCAAAUGUUACCUCAACUCUUCUUGCACCCUGCAAUAAUGAACUUGUCAUAAUUGGAACUAAAGGGAUCAUUAAGGUAAGA